AUGUUCAAAUCCCGAUCGUUGAUUCCACGCUUGCGAAGCCUUCAAAAUCAGCAGCAGCAAACAAGCUUGAUUCGUCUUGGAGAUUCAUCAAUUGUAUUAUCAUCAUCAUUAACAUCUUGUGUUAAUAAUGUAAGGGAAUUUUCAUCAUUACCUUGUGCUUCUUCGGAUUUGAAUGUUUCAACUAAAAGUAUGAGGAGGAUGAUUGAAUCAACAACGAGUAGUAGUGAAAAUUACAUUCGGAAUUAUCAUUCAUCGUCUCAAAGCAACUUCAAUCCCACUUCCUCAUCAUCAACUACGAAUGACAAAGAAAAUAAUCCGAAUAGUAGUAGUACUUCUCAACAACACGUUAAUUCAGCAAACAAUAAUAAUGAUUCAUCAUCAUUCUCCUCUUCAUCGGGUGAAGAAAAGAAAUCCAAAAUCAGUCCAACGGUGCGACGUGUUGGAAUUGCUUGGGUCAUCUUUUCAACCCUUUCAUUGAUGCUUCUAGGAUUUAGUGUGAAGGACAUUUUGUUCCUUGAUGAGGAAUUGAUGGAAACGGAAAAUGAAUCAUUGGGUGUUCCACACAAUCAACCCUUCUAUCAAUAUCACUUCAAAAUGCCACACCAAUUAGAAUCGAUCAUUAAAAUUAUUCGAUCUUUUGUGGCUUUGGGUAUUGUGGUGGCCGAUUAUAAAUUACAUUUUAACAAAUUGGACAAUGUGGAAGGUGUGACUGAGGAGGAAAUUUUGGAACACAAAUCAGCAGUGCAUCGAAGAAGUGCUCAACGCUUGGUACAAUUAUGUUUGGCCAAUGGUGGCGUUUUUAUUAAAGCUGGUCAACAUAUUGCAUCUCUAAAUCAAGUACUUCCAGUAGAAUUUACUGAAGGCUUUAAGCCAUGUCAGGAUCGAGCACCCACUCGGCCUUGGUCAGUCAUUGAAGCUUUCAUUAGAGAGGAAUUGACUGGAGUGAAACGUGUGGAAAAGGGAGCAUCAGAUCCUCUCUAUGAUGUAUACUUUUCUCGAAUUGAAUCUAAACCAAUUGCAGCUGGCUCUCUCGCUCAAGUUCAUGUGGCUUAUUUGAAAGGAUCGGACAACAAGGUUGCUCUAAAAGUUCAAUAUCCUGACCUGAGAGAAACUCUCUCAUCCGACACGAAAUUAUUGAAGAGACUCAUUGCGAUGGCCGAAUUUGCCUUUAAAGAUAUCAAAUUACAAUGGAUUUGCAACGAGUUUGAAUUGAAUUUACCUUUCGAAUUGAAUUUUUUCAAUGAGGCCAAAAAUUGCUAUUUAUUGGGUCAGAAACUUGCGACAGUUCCCAAACUGAGAGAUCACGUACGAACGCCCCAUGUGUAUUGGACUCAUUGUACAGACAAGGUGCUAACCAUUGAAUUUGUGGAUGGUUUCAAAGUCACUGAUAUUCAUUCCAUGCGUGAAAAAGGUAUUGACAUUGAUGUGAGCUACAUUAGCUAUUUAUUGUCACACGCAUUCAGUGAACAAAUCUUCUCAAAGGCAUUUAUUCAUGCCGAUCCACAUCCAGGAAAUAUCAUUUGUUGUCGAAAGAGAGGCCUAUGGUCAGACAAUAUUGAAUUGGUGCUCAUUGAUCACGGUCUGUAUCAUCAAUUAGACAAUGAUUUUAGAAUAUUAUAUUGCAGAUUAUGGAAAGCUAUUGUGGAUUACAAUAAGGAGGAAUUGAUUGAAGUUUCUAAACAAUUGGGUCUCACAGACUCGAAAAAUAAGCAAGAUGGACCUCUCAUGUCUGAAUUGUUAAAAGUCAUUCUCACGGCACGAGCUCAUGAUCCCAACGAAGAUCUCUACACAGUUCACACACAAGGCUCUCAACAGAAACAACAAUCGAAAAACAAACUCUUGGCCUACAGUCAACGACACUUUAUGGAUAUUGCUAAAGUGUUGGGAGAUUUGGAUCGUAAAGUUUUGCUCUUACUCAAGUGCAACGAUCUUUUAAGAAGUAUUCAAAUGGAUUUAGGAGUUCCAGUCAAUUAUUUUAUCAUAUUUGCUCAAUAUGCGAUUAAGGCCAUUCAUGAAGACAGACUCACACGUGUCUUUGAGCAACACAGAAAACAAGGACUAUUAAUGUCCUAUUUUAAUUACUGCUUGACCUAUCUCAAAUGCAAGAAGGAGUAUUUAAUCUUUGACGCCAAAUUGAAAUUAUAUCUUCUUGCCACUUCCUUGAUGGGAUUUUAUCAGAAUUUCAAACGAGAAUGGGCAGAAUUGAAAUUUAUUGUGGAGACUUCACGAAAUGCAAGAACAUCGACCACUCACACCUUCUACAAGCUUGAUCCAUCUCAUGACUUGUCAAUUUUACAGAACCCAUUUGCACAUGCUUUGAUUGUUUCACAAUAUGAGGCACAUCAUCACUAA